AUGGGAUCGUCGACGAGCGGAAAUUGCUCGUCGGUCUCAACGACCGGUUUACAAAACUCCGGUUCGGAGUCGGAUCUCCGGCAACAAGAUCUGAUCGACGAGAGGAAGCGAAAGCGUAAGCAGUCGAACAGAGAGUCGGCGAGGAGGUCGAGGAUGAGGAAGCAGAAGCACAUGGACGAUCUGACUUCUCAGGUGACGCAUCUCCGGAAAGAAAACAACCAGAUCAUCGCCGGAAUCGCCGUCACGACGCAGCACUACGUCACCAUCGAGGCGGAGAACUCCAUUCUCAGAGCUCAGCUCUCGGAGCUCAACCAUCGCUUGAGCUCCCUCAACGAGAUCGUCGAUUUCGUCGAGUCUUCUUCUUCCGCCGGUGGAUUUGGUAUGGAGACUGGUCAGGGAGGAAUUAUGGAUUGCGGCGGCGGAGGUGGAGGUGGCGGUGGAUUUUACGACGGAGUCAUGAAUCCUCUCAAUCUAGGGUUUUAUAACCAACCAAUCAUGGCUUCUGCUUCUACUGCUGGUGAUGUUUUCAACUUUUGA